AUGCAAGUUUGAAGACUUGAGAAAUCUAUUUUUGAAGCUGUUUUCAGCGAAUUUUAACUGGUUCCUAGUGUUUGCCGGAAAGCUGAUUUAUUUACUUUUUGAAUUUGAUAAAAUUCAAAGUUGUGUGGCAAAAUCUUUGAAUUUUUUGGGUGUUUAGUAGAUUUUAAAGAAAGAUCAAGAAUUACUCGUUGAAGGUUUGGACUUGAUUUUGGUUUUUGAACUCAUUUUUUUGUAAUUGUAUUAUCUGUCGGAGGAAUUGGAUUUUUAUUUUGGAUUGCAAAUUUUGAAGCUCUAGAAAGAACAGUUUGAGUUUUCAAAAUAUUUUUAAAAUUUUUGGCUUUUUUGAUGUAAUUUUUAGGUUACUUUCUUAAAAGAUUAUGCUAAAUUUAUAUUUUUUGAUUUGCACAAUGUUUUGAAAUCAAUAUAAAAAUUGUGAAAACUGAAAAAAAAUGAAACUUUUUCUUAAAAAUAAUUAUUGUGAUCAGAUGAAAAAAAGAAUCUUUCUUAUCUUCAUUUUUCCAGGCUCAAAUUAUCGAUGAGAUUACUUCAUUUCUUAUAUUUUUUUCUACUUUUUUUGUAUAUUCCUUCGAUGCCUACUCGAUUAAGAGACGAUCAGGUAAUUUUUUUGAUCCCAGGUGAGACUUCUUUGACUUGGAUAUUAUUCAGAAAAGCCUAAGGAUCUGUAUUUGCAAUUUUCGCCGACUUGUGCUUCGUGUACGGUAGCCAUAUCUGCGGUCAGGUGAAAAUUGAAAUUUUUGUUUUAUUGAAAUAAUUUUUUUUGCAAGGCUCUGUUCCAUUGUAGUCGAUAUUGUGAAGAGUAAAAUCUUAUUUUCUUCAGUUUUCAAAAAAUAAUUUUUUUUAAACAUGGUCCUUUUACCAUUACUCUGUGCCAAAAUACAGAAGAUCGAUAUUUGCAAAAAAAUUAUUUUAAAACGUUAAAACAUAAUCGUGUAAAAUGAACUGAAAAAAGGUUAGUAAUAUCGAAAUUAAACUGCUUGAACUUUGUUUUUUUAGUUUAUUCUACACGAAAUUUAUUCAGCCUAAUCCUGAAGUUUGACCUAACGGAGCCCGUGAUCCUUGAACUUGCGACGAUCAUUUGCAAUUUGUUCGCCAAGCAGAGUUGGGCCGUUUGCGAUGGCAUUUCGACCCAGUUUCGGGUGGGUUAUAGCUUGCAAAAUGAGGAAGAUUACACGUUUUUAAAGAAUAAUUCCCAAAGUAAUUGCUUGAAAUAGAAUUAUUUGUUAAAGUUGUGAAGCUUCCACAAGCUUCAAACACCACAUUUUUCCAAAUUUUUGCAUUUUGUAAAUUUCAAUGGAUCUCGAAAGCUCGAAACGAAGACUUAUUGUCAGAAAUUUGUUCUGUGAUAUAGGAAGGUUCAGAUUAGAAGUUUAGCGGAGUUUCAUCGAAGUUGGCCAGCGGAAAGAAAAAAUGUUCUUGUCAGAUAUAAUUUUAAAGGUUUUUGAAGGCUUCCUUGACGUUCCUUGAUUUUUCUUUGUUCUCUAGUUUCUUUUUGGUACAUCAAGGAGUAUGCUGGCAAGUUUCCAGAAGAUUUUUUCAGGACGAGUUCUUCUACGUCUUCAGACAACUCGCCUCCAAAAACCCCUCUGAAAUCUGCGGAAUUUUGAUUAGUGAUUGUGCCGAUCCGACGGAUCCUUCUGAAGCCGGCUGGCGUGUCGAAAUUCCUCCAAAACCGCAGAAGAUCCCCAGGAAGCAGAGAAUUAGAAAGCCGAAGAACUGGAGUGAGAUCAAAGUGCUGAGAAGGAUAAACAGAUUUUUUGGCUCCAGAAGACGUCCGACCGCUGAAAGUUCUGCAGCUGACUGACCUUCACAUCGAUUUUGACUACGCCUAUCCUGCUGAAGCUGCCUGUGGUGAUCCGAUUUGUUGUCAUAGUCAAACAGGUGCGAAAUGACUGAAAACAGAAAAUUAAUAAUUCCACUUUUCAGCCAACCCCGUCAAGCCGGCCGGCUACUGGGGUACGGUAGGCGCUUGCGACGUGCCUUACCGUACCGUCGACCACAUGCUCGGCCACAUCAGCUCGACUCAAGACGUCGACGUUCUGCUGCUCACCGGUGACUUCAUCAACCACGCCGACUGGUCCUACACGGUCGAGGAGCACCUCGGCGUCCUCCGGAAGCUCGACGACCUCGUCCGACGUCACUUCCCUCAGACGCCGACCUACUGGGCCUUGGGAAAUCAUGAAGGUUUUCAUUUCUUCAGCAUCAUUCCUUGGGUCCGACUUGAAGCCUUGAAAGCCAAACUCUUAAGUGACCCCUAGAAACGCUCAGAAUUACGUCAGAACUCUUGAGUGACCACUUAAGUUUUGACCGCGUUCGGCUUCCGUUAGGUUUGAGCUGUUAACAAACUUGUUAGAAAGCUUUUUUGUUUCUUUUUCUCUGAACACGAGGGGGCGUGGCCUGUCUGCACUCUCCACCAACAAAGCACUGUCUCUUUUUUCGUGUCAGGACCUUUUUUCCGAUGGCUCAAGCCAGUCACGAAUCAGCUAUUAUAGGUUACCUUUUUGUACUUCUCGGAAAAGUGACGUCUAUUUUCUGUGACUUCUCUGCGCCCUCCUCGCCUCUAGGCGACUCUCUCAUUUCGACGUGUUUUUUCAUGUUUCUCUGACUUCGCCAGUGAGGGAACAGAGAGACGCAGACACUCAAAAACUUUUAUUUGCUAUUUUUUCCUUAUUUUAUUUUUAUCAAGGCGUCCCGGUCAACAGCUUCGCUCCUCACACGGUCCACGAGAGAUUCUGGCCCACCUGGCUCUACAAACAAUUCCGAACGAUGGGCGAUCCGUGGCUUUUCUGAAGAAGACGUCGCGCCUUUACUGACGUCAGUUUCUCUUCAUUAUUGAGAUUUUCUGCAGUUUUGACUCUAAACUAGCUUCCUUUUCAUUUGUAUCGAGCUUACCGAUUUUAUUUAUAUUUCUAUAUUCAAAACGCCUUUCGCUCAUUUUGACCCAAGGAUUCAAGCCAUAAUUUUCUUCACUUUUUUCCUCCAAACUUGAUUUUCUGAUCCACGAUAGAAUCUUGAGUGGAAAUGACAAUUUCAGAAGAGGUUCCUAUUCGACUGAAGUGACGCGAGGGCUCCGUAUCAUUUCGCUGAACACCGGCUUCUGCGAAGUGACCAACUUGUGAGAGAUAUUAGCGAUUUGAACCGUAUAUCGAUCCCUCUUUCAGCUUUCUGUACAUCAAUCAAAGCGAUCCCGACUCGAGCAUGUCUUGGUUCGUCCAGGAGCUCUACCAGGUGAUUAAUUCAUUUUUUUCAUAGGUCAUUUUUGAAAACUGGACCUAACUUGAUAAUAAUCAAUAACUCUUGAGGUUCGACUUUUUGAAUAAUUUUGAAUUCGAUUGAAAUUUCAUUCCUACCGCCUCUUUCUGUAAAAGGGAAACAGAUUGAAGUUUGAAUGGCCAAGAUGAAAAUUGUAUUUUCGAAUAUUUUUGAAGUUGACUGGAAAAAUCAGACUAUCAUUCAAAAGAAAUAGAACACCUUGGAAUUUAGGUGAGGUGAGAAUUGAAGUAGAGCGAGCAUCUUAGAAAGAACAAAUGUUAAAAUUUGGCCCGGAACGUCAAAAUAAACUACGAAAAACUCAAAAUAGUUUUGAAAUUGAGUCAGAAAUUGUUGAAGUACGCUUUAUAUGAAAAAAUUUCAGUUAGAAUAUGUGGAAAUUCAGGUUGAAUUGUUGGGGGAAAAGGUGAAGGACUAAACUCUACAUGGAUUUGCUAAAUCCGAUCAAGAAAAGCUGAAAAUUUGGACUAAACCGGACCUUUCUUUAAGCCUUCGUUGAACUUUUGGUAUGACUUGAGCAAUUUCAAGGCCGAACAAGCUGGAGAGGCGGUUUUCGUGAUGGCACACAUUCCUCCGGGCGAUAGCGAGUGUUUGGAAGGCUGGGCCAUCAAUUACUACCGUGUUAUACAGAGGUUCGUUGAAGGAUUAAAGUCCAGUAGAAUUGUAGAGUAUUGGAAUAAAAUCAAGUUUUCCUAUCAUAAAAAAUUGUUCCUGAAAAUACUCACAAAAGCUGAAAUACCAUCCGUAAAUGGGCAAGAUCAUCUCCACAAAAUUUCCAGGAAUACCCAAUAUUCUUAUCUUUUUCUGCUUUUUUGAACAGCCGACUUUUUUUUUCCUUUCAGGUUCUCCGACACGAUCCGGGCUCAAUUUUUCGGCCACGACCACCUCGAUUUUUUCACCGUUUUCUAUGAAGACAUGCACAAUGUGACAUCCAAACCCAUUAGUGUUAGUUUUUUUGAGCCUUUAGAAAAAUGUUCAAAAUGACUUUUUCCAGGUUGGAUACGCUGCUCCGAGCGUCACGACGUUCGAAAAUCAAAACCCAGCUUAUCGUAUUUAUGACGUGGAUCCCUACAGUAGCUUUGUCAGUUUUUAGAUGACAGUUUUUUCGGCUUCAACUGAAAAUUUAAAAAAAAAGCGUUAAAAUAACUUAAAAUACAUGAAGAUAUCAUUAAAAAUCAGAGUUCCAUGAGUUCCAAAUAAAUCCUGGUUUUAUGAGCUUUUUUGAAGAGUUUUUUCCUUCAACUUAUAUUAGAAUACUUGAAGCUAGAAGGAGAACAGAAAUAAUGAUUCCAGAAAAUCCUUGACUAUACCAGCUACUCGGCGGACCUCAACGAGUCCACAAAGCCGACAGAAGAGCCAAAGUGGGAAAAACUCUACUCAGUAAAGGUUUGAAGACUUUGGAAGACGUCAAAAAGAAGAAAAAUACUCAGAAAGAAUACGGCCUCCGAGAUUUGUCGCCGAAAAGCUGGAACCAACUCGCAAAUCGGAUAUUCGUCGACGCCGACGUCAAACACAAGUUUUUGAGGUCGGUUCAGCGGAAACUUCAUUUUCGGUUGUUUCUGAAACCAAUUGCGCUCCAUUGGACUGUACCUUAUAGCUGAUUCACGGCUGGCUUGAGCCAUCGAAAUAAAGGUCCUGGCACGAUUAAAAAAAGAGACAGUGCGCGCUAGGUGGAGAGCGCAGGAUGGACACGCCCUUUCGCGUUUCAAGCGAGCCGUGAAUCGGCUGAAUAAAAAUAGACGAGAAGAAUUUAUAAAAAUUUGCUGAUAGUCUUCAACCUAACGCAAACUAAACGCUUUCCGGAGGUUUGAGCAAUUCUAGUGAUCACUUAAGAGUUGGAAGCAUUUUUAAAAAUGAGUCAAUAUAUUUUAAGCUAGGGAUCGACCCUUUGAACUUUCAAAAAAAAAAAAAACGCCGACCUUCCAUCCCACUAGGCUAUUCAACAAUUUCCACUAAUUUCUUUCAGAAACGCAUUCCGGACAUCGACGCCAGCCUGCGACGCGACAUGUAGCCGUCAACUGAUGUGCAAUUUACGGAUGGGCCAUCAUAACGCCUCCUUGUACUGUCCGCCCGAAAACCUUCACCUUCUUGACAAUCGCGCCCCGUUCUAGGGCUCAAUUGAGGAACACCGAGUCUAAUCAAAAGUUAGGGUUUUCGACUGCUUUCCAAGGCGCACAGAUUUUUGCAAUUUUUCGCUCCAACGGGACCAUUUACUGUUUAGUUUUUAAUUCACCUUGCUCAAACACUACGUGUACUUGUUGUCAAUUUUCAUAGUUGUUAAUAUUAUUCAUUGAAAAAAGAGGAAAGUGAGAAUUUUCACACAGAGAGAGAAACGUUGAGGGAAAGCAGAAAGGCACCAUCAAAAAAAGAGUUGAUUUUUUUCAAUAAUAAAAAAAGUUGUUUUUCGGAUUACUGUAUUAUGUUGUGGUGUGAAAAUCGCGUUAUUGACGAAGAUUCAAUCUAUUUUACGCGCAACUCUUGUCGAUUUACAGAAAUUUUUAUUUCUUCCAAAAUUUAUUUUUUAAUAUUUAAGAAGUGUAUUUUAUUUGUGUUCAUCAGAGAACUAUUUUGAUUUAAAGUUCUAUCGACCGGCUUUUAAGUUUUCCUAACCUUUCUCACAAGCAAAAUUCGAGAAGUUGUUAGCUAGUUGGGUGUUUCUAAAGCGGAUGGAGAGCGUUCCGACAAGUUUAUAAGACAGCGCGACAUCGCAAAAAGAUGUUUUUCAUAAUUAUUUUCAUUUAUGUAUAUUAUUUACCAACUGCUUUCUUAUUUUACAAAAAAAUCCAAAAAUGGCGAGUCCGGUCUAAACAAUGUUUUUUUGACCUCAGUGAUGUAGGGUUUCAAGCUUUCCAUUUUUUUAUAGGAUAUAUCUAAUUUUUUUUCAUCAAAAAGCCGUGAGAGUACAAAAAAAACGGUUAAAAACAACUAUUUUUGUGUAAAAAAAUUUGGAGUCUGAUCCAGAGCAAAUGCAACAUUUAAAUGUUUUGACCUCCCGUCAUAGAGGUCAAAGCGCCAAAAACUUUCUGGAAUGGCGGCAGAUUUAGGCGGCGAAAAAUAUCCACCUCAGCGUCAUUCUCUCUUUUUCUGUCGUGCUGUGAGGUUGCUGCCGGUUUUUUUCUUGUUUUGUAGUUUAAUUGUAAGGAAUCUUGUUUUAAAAUCACUUUUAAUAUUAGUUUUCAGGUGUAUUUGAAAAAUAUUUGAGUAUUUGAAAAAAAGUGAUUUUUUUGAACGGUUUUUAAACGUUUAUCGAUCAAAAAAAUUUUUUUCGAAUUGCUUUUGGUUCUUUUUCUCUUUUUGGUAAAUCGAUUUUUGAAAUUGUUCCCUUAUAUUUUGGUUAAUGGUAGUAAUUUGUUUUAGCUUCUUUUUUUAUAACGUUAGCUGUAAAUUUGUAUGAAUUUUUUUGUUGUCAGAAAAAAAUUUUUUUUUGAUUCGAAGGCUGAUUUAUUUUCCAAACUUUCAUUCAUUUUUUUAGUUCGUGUACUUUUAUUUAACCAUUACUCGUUGUAAAUUUUUUUGUUCGCUUUCGAAUAUUUGUAAUUUAUUUCAUAAGGAAAUGAACUCGCAUUGAUUUCAGGCCGUACAACUUUCAAUGGCCCAGACCUUGGCGGCGCCAAUAACCUCGUCUUUGAAUUUAAAUAAAUAUAAGUUUUUUUCUCUUUUUCUUUUUAAAAAAAUACGUUUGUUUCAAUAAGUUAUUUUUUGUUUUUCAGAAAACCGGCUUAUCUUAAAGAAUUAUCGAUCGAGCAAAGGACUGACGGAUGGAAGGAAGGACGGCGUCGACUUCGAAUAAUCCCGUUUUUAGGUAUAUUUUUAUUUUUUUCUAAAUGUGUCACAUGCUUUUUUGCGCUGUGAAACGCCUAAACUUUGAAGAAAAACCAAAAUUUUUUUGAAGGUUGUCGAUAAUAAUCGGUGUUUCACAGCGUAAAUGAUUCAAAAAAAUUACACUUUUUUUCAUCUCGAAAUUUUACCAAAAGAUAUAAUUUUCAAUUAACUUCAGGUAUCAUAUAUCAUUGCAUGGAGCCCCGACUGGGAAUCUAG